AAUCAAAAAAACUAUGGCUAGAAGAGGAGAAAAAAGAAACAUCAGAAUAUGUGACUAAUUCAAAAAAACAAGCAUUAAGAAAACUAUUAAAACCUGUAUUCAUUCCAAAAAAAGCAAUACUAGAAAAAAAAAGGAUGCAAAAAUUAGAAGAUACAAAGAAAUUGCUAGAACUAGAAGAGAGAAAAAAAGAGUCACAUUUAAUGGUCGCUGAAAUAAUUCAGAAAGAAUUUUAA